GGGCCUCGCCCGACGCUCUUCAUCCCCGAGAGCUCCUUCGAGCUUCUGGUGAAGAGGCAGAUCAAGAGGCUGGAGGAGCCGAGCCUUCGCUGCGUGGAGCUGGUGCACGAGGAGCUUCAGAGGAUCAUCCAGCAUUGCUCCACUUACAGCACCCAGGAGCUGCUACGCUUUCCCAAGCUUCACGAGGCCAUCGUCGAGGUCGUGACCGGCGUUCUGAGGAAGAGGGUCCCCAUAACCAACGAGAUGGUUCACAACCUCGUGGCCAUUGAGCUGGCCUACAUCAACACCAAACACCCGGACUUCGUGGACAUGGUUCUCGUCUCGGCUUCCUGCAAUAACAACAAGAGCGACACCUGCCAAGCGAAUGAUUCUAGGUGCUGGAAGAGUGAGAAAGGGGGAGACGAAGCUGCCGCUGAGGAAAAGGAGAAGCCCAGGGCAUCUUUUCAGUUAUGUGUCUACCCUAGCACCAGCCAGACACGUGCCACCAACCUGUUAGAUGCACCCGUGCCGAUUGCUAGGAAACUGAGUCAGAGAGAACAACGUGACUGCGAGGUGAUCUGCAGACUGAUCCAGUCCUACUUUCUUAUUGUGCGGAAGAACAUCCAGGACAGUGUUCCCAAAACAGUCAUGCACUUCCUAGUGAACUAUGUCAAAGACCAUCUGCAGAGUGAACUGGUGGGACAGCUCUACAAGGCCCAGCUACUGGAGGGGCUGCUCACUGAGUCGGAAGACAUGGCCCAGCGGCGAACUGAGGCAGCUUCUAUGCUGGAGACCCUCCGGAGGGCCAACCAGACCAUCUCUGAAAUCCGAGAGAUUCAGCUGUGGAUGUCUUGGAAGCAAGUAGGGCAGGCAAUGGCGAGCAUCGGGCAAAAUCUAGCCUUAGGUGAAGGUGAGGGGAGUGCUGCCACCGUGGAGCAGGCCAAGCCCGAGGACUUCCUCAUCAUCUCCUCAGGACCAGAGCCAGGGGUCCUGGAGCACAAAAAGAGAGCGCGCUAAGAAUCUGCUGAGAGGGGCCAACAGCGUUCACCCAAUAAAAAUGACCA